AGGGUUCCAACCGAGCGCUUUUCCGCUACAGAGAGAAAAACAAGUCGUUUCCCGCCAAAACCUCCGCCUCGACGACGUCCACUGCCUCGCCUCGUCUCUUUUGCGGAUUUUCCUCUCGUUUGGCCUCGAAAUGUGGAACAGCGGCGGCGAUGGCUUCGAUGGCGGGUACGGGGGGGCUGCCGAGGGGGGGUUCAUGAACUCCCAGUCGCAGAUGGAAACUCCAGGCCAGGGAGAGAAGAAGGCAAGGCGGUCGCAGAACUUGGUCCCCGUGACUGUAAAGAGCAUUAUUGACUCAACAAAUGACACAUUGCAGAUUGCAGGAAUGGAUGUACACAUGAUUAUGGUAGUUGGUCUGAUCCGUGCAGUAGAUGUAACAAGUACCAAGAUAACAUACACCAUUGAUGACACAACAAGUCUCAUUGAUGCUGUGCAAUGGAUUGACGCUGAUCAGGAAGGUGGAGAUGACGGCUCCAAAGGUCCUUUGAUGGAAAUGACAUAUUGCCGAAUUGCUGGGUCAGUCAGGUCACACCAGGGUAAACGCAACCUCAUGGUGUUCCGUAUUGUGCCCAUCACCGACCUCAACUUCAUAACCACACAUAUUCUGGAAGUCAUUCAUACACAGCUCAAACUUCAGCAUAUUGAAACUCUGCAAAACACCGGUGGAAUGAAAAGCAUGUCCGGACCCUCAGGCAUGAUGUCCAACUCUCUCGUGGGUGCCACUGGCCUGGAUGGGGGCAUGGGAGGGAUGGGCGGGGCAGGGAGCGGAGGCAUGGGCAAUAUGCAUGGACUGGAGGGCGUCGACCAUCUGGUCUAUCAGACAAUCAGCAUGUGUAAAAACAAACAGGGUGUUGGGAGAGAUGUCCUUUACAGCUCUCUGAAGGGCAAAGCUGGGCCACCGCAAGUUGACAAAUCCCUUGAAUUCCUGAGCAUUGAAGGCCAUAUCUACUCGACUGUUGAUGACGACCACUUCAAAAGCACAGAAUCACCUAUUGAAUAAGUGUUAUAUGUACAAUAUUUUUUCUUGGAUUUUCACUACAGCCCAAUUCUGAUGUUUAUUUUUACAGGUGAAGCUAUACUUAUUUGGUAUAUUUGAUCUUAUGUUGUAGCAUGAAUAUUAUGUGUGCUGUUAAAAUCAUUCUUUGUAUCAAAGUACUUGAAUUCCUCAAAAUGAACCUUAAUAAACCA